CCAGCCGCCAGCCGACCUCCAGCCAAACCUCGGGCAAGAGCCAAGAAACCCGACCCGGCUACGCCCCCUUCCAUCUCCUCAGACAGCAGUGCAACAGUGACUCGGAGGAGGAGGUAGUGAGCAGCUGGAAGAAGCAGGAGGCACUCCGGAGAAAGGAGGCGGAGGAGAAGCUCCGGAAAGCUCAGGAGGAGGAGGAGAAGAAACAACGGGAGCGAGAGAAGGAGGCGGCAAAACAGCUGAAGGAAGAACGGAAGGAGAGGAAAAAACAGGAGCAGGAGGAACGAAAGAAGCAGAAGGAAGAAACAAAAGAGGAGAAGAAGAAGGAAGGGAACAAGAAAGACGACAGGUCAAAAGAGAAGACACCAAAAGACAAGAAAGCAGACAACAGGGAGAGAAAGAAGGAGGAGAAGAAGAAGAAGGAUGAAGACAAACAGGAGGAGCAGAGAAUAAAGAAGGAACAAGAAAGACGCAGAAAGAAGGAAGAGGAAAAAAGGAGAAGGAAGGAGGAAGAGAAGAGACAGGAGGAGGAGGAAGAGGAAUCGGAAGAAGAGGAAGAAAAGGAUAGUGAAUCCAGGACGGCUGCCGAUGACAGAAAGGAGGAACUAAAGAGACAAAAAAUGGAGAAGAAAAGACAAGAGAAAUUCCUGGAGAAAGAGAAGAAGAAACGGUUAAAACUGGAGCAGAAAAUGGAGCAAAAGAAGCAAGAAAAGCAGGAGAAGAAAAAAGCCAUGAGCCUAGAUGCCACAGUAACUGAGCUGGUCCAGUCCUUGAAGAGGUCACUCAUGGCUGGUAAAGCUGACAUUCCGCGGAGCCUGGAAGUUCUAGAGGAGCUGAACUCGCUGCCGCUGACAGCCGCCAUGCUGAAGAGGAACAUCGACAUUCUCCGCACCAUCAAAAGGGUUAGGAAGUACAAAGGUAGUGAAGACGUGCAGAAGAAAGCAGAGUUCCUGUACAGUAAGUACAAGUCGAUGCUGAUGCUCCACGACAGUGAAAUGCACGCCCACGCCACCAACAGAACCAACCAAUCAGCUGCCGGGGAACAGCCCAAGGGGCAGGACGUUGCCAUGGAGACUGGGCAGGAGGAGGAGAAGGAGAAUUCAGGUGGCGGGACCCAAACAGAGGCACAGCCGGCCGCAGCAGGAGAUGGUCCAGGGGAGGGGGGGCAGCAGCAGCAAGUAGAACAGCAACCCGGGGAAGCCCAGCAGAUGGAGGAACAGCCAACAGAGGCUGCAGACAAGAUUAGUCUUGCAACAGGCCCAACACCUGGGCCCACACCUGGACCACUUAGCGGGCCAACCACAGCGCCAGAUGUGCUGAAGUUUGAUUCCUUGCCAAAUGUCCCUGUCUCAACCAACCUCCAAGUAGAAAAACAGAUGUCUGACCCAGCAGCCAAUCAGAGUCCAGAUGUAGGCAGUAAUGAGAAGAUGGCUGUUGAUCCCGCAGAAUUGUAACCAACCAAACCGGCGGCCGUUUUUAGUUUUUAAUGUUUUUAGUUUUCACCUGUACAUACUUGUAUCCGGCUGGGCAAGGAACUUUUCUUACAAAAGGAAGUUGCUCAAGUUGUAAGUGAUCAUGCAGCUGUCUCAAGGAACUUUUCUUACGUAAUGAAAUUGCACAUAAUGCAGCUGUCUUGAAGAAAUUUGUAAGAGUCUUAACUCUGUUUAGAUUGCACUAUAUCAUCAUCACACUUUUAUGUACUGCACUGCAAUUGGGUCACAUGACAGCCGUUGCCAUGGCAACUUGUCACAUUAUAGCUGUUGCCAUGACAACUGGAGUCACAUUAUAGUAGCUGCCAUGUUGACAGUAAAACCACGCAUUUCCAACACAGGACAAUGCACUGCAGCGCCUCCUAGCGUCUGGCUCUUUCUCUGCAUGUUCAAGGAUUUAUGUCAGAUUUCUCCUGUCGCUAAGAAACCCAAGACCACAUGUAGUAAAGUACAACUGAAGGCAUGUAUGAUGUUUCUAUAGGGGGGACUGUACCAUGUUGUUUCUAUGUUGUUUCUGUAGGGGGUAUCUGCAUGUACCAUGUGUCUGUCGAACUCAUUUAUGAUUUACUUUUUAGCUGGAACCGUAGUCGCCAUUUCCACUAUAUUUGCAACAUGAAAUGUGGACAGUGGUAACAUUUGCUACAGAAAUGCUACAGCAGAAAGUAACUUCACUGUUAGGUAUCGCUACAUGUAAAUAGCAACAUUCAAAUGGAACAUGGUUGGUUAAUAUGUAGUUACCACUAAUGCAGAAUAAAUAGGAAAAUGUCAAACAGAAU